GACCCGCGGGCACUGGGUCAGACAUUGGAUCGUCUGACUGGACAGCGGGCACUGGGUCACCAGGCAUCAGGUCAUUUGGCUCGACAGCGGGCACCGCGUCAUCUGGCAAGGCAGUGGCUCCGAGUCCGGUCAACUGGCAGGCACGACAGUGAGGCACCGGGGCAUCAGGGUACCGGAUGGUGUCUGGCUCGACAGCGGGCAUCGGGUUCACCAGGUAUGACAGCGGGCACUGGGGUCGCCAGGCAUCAGGUCAUCUGGCAACAUGCAGUGGCACACCGCGUCACCAGGCAUUGGGAUCGUCUGGCUCGACAGCGGGCAUCGGGUCACCAGGCAUCAGGUCAUUUGGCUUGCCAGCGGGCACCGGGCACCGCGUCAUCUGGCAAGGCAGAGGGCACCGAGGCACGGGGUCACCAGGUAUCGACUCAGCGGGCUCUGAGUCAAUUGGCACGACAGCGGGCACUGGAUCAGGUACCGGAUCAUCUGGAUCAACAGCGGGCAUCGAGUCAACUG